UAUCGAGCUGUGUCCUCACGACGACGACGUCUGCAGCACCAUGUCGUCCUCAUCGGCAUCAAAGGCGCCACCUUACACCCUGUAUCUCUAUUCGCCACACCCGCAGAGUCAUCAACAGCUGCCCGUACUAGACCCAGCAGGCCUGUACAUCGCCUCUCUGCUCCGCACCCUUUCCGGACCUCCCACAGCAACCUCUUCCUCUUCUCCCUCCUCCUCCUCCUCCUCAUCGGCAGCACCACUGCCCACUUCGUUGCCUUUUGAUAUCAAAGCGCCAAGUGUAUACUGGCACAGCACCCUGCCCAGACUGGAGAGGUACCAGCCUGCAGGCGGUGUAUGCGUAGCCGAGGGGGUGAGAGACAUCGAGGCCUUUGCCUCUGCUCGCCUGGCCGCCUCUGCUGUGAGGCAAGCUCAAGAGGGUGGAGAAGACUCACAGUCAUGGGAACUGAAGCCCCUCGAGGCGCACCUAGCGUCCCUCGUCGAGCCACUAGUGUACAGUGUCUUCUUUCCCCCGCCCGCUAGAGGCGUGGGAGGUAGCAUGGGCCGGAGCUCCCCAGACGGUCCAGCCUCAGCGGCACAGGACGUCUUUGAUCAAAUCACAUUCCCCGCCUACGCUCAAGGUCUACCCUUCCCGCUCUCAAGAGCAAUCCCGCAUCGCCUCAGGGAGCGUAUCUCAGCCGAAGUCGCUGCAGGGUCGAAGCUCUUCCGGCAACUUGGGAGUGGCUCGCAGCAGCAGCAGCAGAAGAAGAAGAAAAGGGAGGUAGCGAGUGACCCAGAGAUGGACAGGAGGAGAAAGGAAAUGGCACCGCUGGCUUUUGGUAGUGGACGUAAGGGAAUACUGGGAUUUGGUGCUGGAGAGAAGGAAGAGUGGAAGGAGGAGUUCUGGAAGCAGAAGAUGACAAGUCUAGGCAAGCAGAUCUUCUCCCCUCUCCUAGACUUCGUACCAUCCUCAGACUCUCCCUCAACCACGACCAAGCAGCAACCGCUCCCCCGCCCCCUCAUCCACCUCUACGCCCUCCUUGCCCCCCUCCUCCUCUCCUCCCCAACCCUCAAAAUUGGCAAGGGCAGUGCUCCUAAGUCAAAUCCACUCUCAGCACACCCACUCGUGCAUCUGCUGACUACAGCAGACGAGUACGAACCGCUGAGGCGCUUUGUGCACCGCAUGCACGGAGAGAUCUGGGGAGUAGACGAGACGGAGGUCGUAGCAGAGGCGGAGAGCAAGGAGGAGCGGGAGGUGGACAGGGUGUACGGCGAUCUCACCGGCUGGAAGACCCUCUACACUCCAAGCUCCACGAGUGCAGGCACAGUUGGCGAGGAUGUGCCGACAGGGGCUAGGAGCAGCAGCAGUAGCAACAACAGCUGGCGCUCCUACCUGCCCUCGUUCCUUCGUCCCUCCUCCGCCUCUACUUCUACAAGCAAAAAGACCCCAACCCCGCCGACCGAGCCUCUCUCCCCUCUACAGCAAGCAGCGCUCCGUCGGCUCCGCAUUGGCCGGGCUGUUUGGAUCACUAGUGCCCUGUUGGGAACGGUUGGCUGGUUGCUCGUUAGUGGGAUUGUGCAGGUGAGCUUUAGUGAAGAGGAAGACGAGGAAGAUGAAGAGGAGGAGGUUGAGGUGAUUAUUGAGGAUACGAUUGGGGACGGGGAGGGGGUUCAAGAGGGUAUGGAUGUAGUCGUUCUGGAUGGCGAAGACGAUGAAGAUGAGGACGACGACGACGAGGAGGAAGAGGACGAGGAAGAAGACGAAGGUGUAGAGUGGACUUUUGUGCGAGGGUCGGAGCACGUGGAUCUGGACCAGCCGGUGGAGAUUGUUCUUGGAGACGACGACGAUGAAGACGAGCUGUAGACUGGUGGUGUGCAACUCAUUGACAUCGUCCCCUCUGAAGCAAGUCAUGAACCAUAUUUCGACAAGAUGGUCAGAUGGUGAUGUGAUGGAUUUCUGCCCACAUCCGACAGUGCAAAGAGGAAU